UCGCGUGAUAUUUGAGAGGCCUGAAAUAUUUUGCGGAGGAAGUUUUUCCUCCUCAGAAUUAAGGAAUGUGCGAGCGGUUAGAUUGUCCACAGUCUGUCUUUGGUUUUUGUUUGUUCGCAGCAGUUGUUUUUCAUUUUACUGAGAGUCACAUUUCGGAGACAUGGAUUCCCAUAUUUCUAAAGAAAAGCUGAGAUGUAAGAUUGUAACAACUUAUGGAAGAAAGAAAUUAGAUCUGUCAGAGUGGGAUUUGCUUGAGUUGCCUGCAGCUGUGCUGGAAUUAACUGAGUUGGAGGAACUUGACCUGUCAGGGAAUAAACUUAAAACAAUACCUGAAAAUCUUGGAAAACUAAAUAAUAUUACAGUGCUUCGUGUAAGUGGAAACCAGCUGUCCAUAUUCCCUGCAAGUUUGACACAGCUGAAGAAACUCGAAUGGCUGGACAUCUCACAUAACAAACUAACCACCAUCCAUGAUGAUGUUCGUGAGAUGGUGGGACUGUGGGGACUGGAUCUGAGUUCCAACCAGUUGACUGUGUUAAGUCCAGCUAUAAAACAGCUGAAGAAACUCAAACGGCUGCGCAUCUCACAUAACAAACUAACCACCAUUCCUGACGCUAUUGGUGAGAUGGUGGAGCUGGAGGUACUGGGUCUGAGUUACAACCAGUUGACUGAGUUAAGUCCAGCUAUAAAACAGCUGAAAAAACUCAAACAGCUGAGCAUCUCACAUAACAAACUAACCACCAUCCCUGAUGCUAUUGGUGAGGUGGUGGCACUGGAGGUACUGGGUCUGAGUUACAACCAGUUGACUGAAUUGAGUCCUGCGAUAACACAGCUGAAAAAACUCAAAUGGCUGGAUAUCUCACACAACAAACUUACCAUCAUCUCUGACGCUGUUUGUGAGAUGGUGGAACUGUGGGGACUGAAUCUGAGUUACAACCAGUUGACU